GUUACUGUCUUUAGAAGACGAGACAAAACAGAGACUAGAAAAAGGGAAAAUUUUCUAAAAAAAAAAUUAAAAAAUAUGAGAUAUGAAUUCUUCUCAGACAUCAAGGUCAUCGGGAUUCAGUCAAACCCUGCAAUUAAACCUCAAGAACCCGGAAUGUGGACCUGAGAACUUCAGAGAGAGAACAGGACCUUUACAACCUCCACUCUUCCACACUACUGACAUUCCUAAAGCGAUGCUCACAGCGCCAUUCUUACAGUACUCAGCCUUGACUCCAGGUCAGAAGCGCUAUCUGUGUAGCGUGUGCGAAGCGUACAGCGAGGCUCACAUGCGAAAGCUGAUGCAGCAACACUACCUGAAUGUCCUACAAAGAUCUAUCAGAGCAGGUAACUUCAUCUCUAACAUGCAACUGAGAAUGUUUCCACCAGACCUGGGUCACAGCUCAACAUGGGACAAGGAGAGAUCUGAGGCCAAGGCCCUGAGACCAAAAGAGAAAAGUACAAGCAAAAAGAUGAUUCAUUUACCUAAAAUCAACAGUCAGGAAGAAGGGUCUCUGGAAUUGAUUAAAAGAAAAUCAGGUCCAGGAGUAAAAAAGAAAAAUCAUGGAUUGAUAUAAAAAGAGGAAGAGAAGAGACAGAUAUUCACCUGUUUCUUGGAACUGAGAGCUUUAUAUCCACUAUAUAACACCGGAAUUUUACCAUAAAACAUUAGCAUAUGUUAAUGAGUUAAUGAGAAGCCCCUCCCUCUUGUUUUUUUUUUUUUACUGGUUCACAAAACCGUACAGCACGGUGGCUUAGUAGUUAUCACUGUUGCCUCACAGCAAGAAGGACCUGGGUUCGAACAGGCAGGGCCUUUCUGUGUGGAGUUUGCAUCUUCUCCCCGUGCCUGCAUGGGUUUACUCCUCCCACAGCCCAAAAACAUGUACAUUAGGUUGAUUGGUAAUUCUAAAUUGCCCGUAGGAGUGAGUGUGAGUGUGUGUGGUUGUCUGUCUAUAUGUGUGGCCCUGUGAUGGACUGGCGACCUGUCCAGGGUGUACCUCUGCCUUUCGCCCAAUGUGUGCUGGGAUAGGCUCCAGCAGAUCCCCGUGACCCUAAUUAGGAAUAAAGCGGGUAUAGACAAUGGAUGGAUGGGUUCACAAAACCAAGGCUUGCUGUAUUCCUGUACAAAGGGGUAAUUUAUUAUAAAUGCAUGUGGUGUAAAUGCGUGCUGAGGUCAUGGAUAAGAUUACCUUCUGAUGACUCUUCCAUGCAGAUCCGCUGGAUUAUGUUGUGUUUUGUGAUGGGGAUUAGAAAUACGCUAAUUAUAAUCUUAUCAUCUGAACAAAACUGUUUUUAAACUCACCUUGAAAGACGUUCCCGCUUUCUCAGUUUUCUUCUAUGUUUGUUAUAUAAGGAAAAGGCAAGUAACUUUAAUAAUAA